CCAAGUAAGGACAGAAGCCAUCGGCUCAACGUAAAAGGCAAAAUCUACAUGAUUUGAUGCGAGGAUCGUUGGACUUCCGCGCCCAGUGAAAAGAAUUGUUGGCAUCCAUCGGUGUUGAUUACGCAUGUGUACAAAGUUUGCGGUAACGGUGGCCGAAGUAACGCGACAUUCAAGAUUAAUCUGUAGGCCUACUGACGGACGGUUACUCUCGUUGUUGUGACAUUUUUGAUGUUGACGACUGCCGCUACUUCUGCCUCGACCAGUUCGGACCCGAAUGGAGCACCGGGCAGUAGCUACCGAGGGUAUAAAGUGUUGAUGGAAAAAUACGAUGGCCUGACGAAUUACAUUCCUUCCAAUAUGGACGAUCCCAUCGUUUUAAACGUUGGAGGGAAACGCUUCGAGACUUACGAAGAAACGCUUGCAAGAUUCCCCGACACUUUGCUCGGCUCCAAGAGUCGGAGGUCUAAAUUUUACAACAGCAGACGGCAGGAAUACUUUUUCGAUAGACAUCGCUCGGCAUUUGACGCAAUUCUUUAUUAUUAUCAAUCCGGUGGAACUCUUAUAAGGCCAGAGCAUGUUCCCCCGCAUGUAUUCAUAAACGAAGUUGUCUUUUAUGAUCUGCCAGAGGAAGCUGUUCAAGUUGUUCAACUUGAGGCAGGCAUAGCAGACGAGCCCGAAGAACAACCGAUGCCAAGUAAUUACUACAUGGGAAUCAUUUGGAACGCGUUGGAAUACCCAAACUCAUCGAAAGUGGCCAAAUUUUUAGCCAUUUUUUCUGUGUUAGUAAUCACUCUGUCUUUAAUAAUUUUCUGCGUCGAGACUUUGCCAACUUUUAAAGUGCCAAACCAAGAUCGACCGCCAAAUGCUACAAAUGAAUGGAAACCACCUCCAAACCCUUAUGAUGCAGUGUGGUUCCAACUUAAUACGUUUGUCAUCGUAUGGUUCACAGGAGAGUAUGUUAUUCGCUUCAUUUGCUCCCCGCAAAAAUUGAAAUUUUUACUGGGUGCUUUGAACCUCAUUGAUUUAUUAUCCAUUUUGCCUUACUAUGUACAACUCGGACUUAAAGAAGAUGACUCUUCCAUCUCCGUGCUGCGCGUAGUGCGUGUGGUGCGCGUGUUUCGAGUGUUUAAACUCUCGCGUCACUCGCGCGGGCUUCAAAUAUUGGGAAACACGCUGAAAGCGAGUUUGAAUGAGCUGAUUAUGUUAAUGUUCUUCUUAGCAAUUGGCGUUAUGAUAUUUGCAAGUUGCGUCUACUACGCCGAAGGAGGGCCUGAAAGUGAUGGUUUUCAGAGCAUUCCACACGCUUUCUGGUGGGCAGUUGUCACUAUGACCACUGUGGGGUACGGAGAUGUGUCCCCCGUCAGUUUACCAGGCAAGAUCGUGGGUGCCCUGUGCGCUAUCUCAGGGGUGCUAACUAUUGCCCUGCCUGUACCUGUAAUCGUGUCCAACUUCGAGAACUUUUACAACAAAGAGAUGAACCGACGAAAGGAAGAGGAACUCAAAAAGGCUGAAGAAGCUCGAGAAAAGGGAGAGGCUAAAAAGUCCGGUCUGAACAGCAGAAAGCAAUCCAUGGAACUCGAAAACAUGGAUGGUAAGACUCCCAAGUCACCCAAAGAUGUAGUGGUUUGUAGCGUGAACAACAAAGACGAAAAUUCGACCGAUAAGACUCAUCCAACACGGAGGUCAGUUGAGACUGUGUGACGAACUGUAUCACGUGAUGCAUGUCACGUAAUGCACAAUGUGUCACGCUGAAUUUCACAUUUGAGAACAUGGAAAGACUUUUAUUCAAUGAUAUAUUAAUCCUAUUACCUGCAAGAUAAACUGCUCAAAGCAAGAGUGGAUUUCAACCUUUAUCCCUCAAAUUGAAGAGGGGGUUGUUUCCUUUAGGAACAGCUGGCGUCGAACAUAUGAAUUGGAAGGAAACUAAGGGGAAAGAUUAUCUGUAUUCACAGCAAAUCAGAAACCAAAUAAGGAAAAGCUAUUACGCCAAAUAUUCGAUGCUCUUAGUUCAAUAUUAUGCAUAAAUGUAGACCGGGAGUAGAUUAUACGGCAUAGGCGUCGAGGAAAAUCUGAGGAAAUUUGGUCGUCCGCUUAAUCAAGCUUGAAAACACAAUAUGAACGCACAAAUAGUGGCUGUAGUAUCCGCAAUAUACCAAUUCAGUCACAAGAAAGGAAAUUUGGACCUAGCAUUCUGAGCACUCGCCUACUGUUAGUAAAUACACCCAAACUUCUAUGCCGCCUGGGAAUAGCCUCUCGACUUUUUAUCACCAACGGCCCGAUCCAUAAAUUUGUUCCAAGUUUUAGAGGAUUCUUCGAACGAUUACAGUUGUGCACUGUAAAGUAGAUAUAACAUGCCUUUAGCAUUAUUCACCCUUCUGGUUCCCACCGGUUAAAUGUGGCAAACUGUGGUAUUAACUAAGAAGAAACUUUCUAGAUCUCGGUGGAGAUGGACUUAAAACCAGUUUUUGAAACUGCAAGGUCGUUACACGAAGUAGUCACUAGCACUGUGCUGAGAACACAAUCUCGAAAAACAGAGCAACACGAUUUUGUCCAGCUUCUCGUUGAAGGCAUCUAGCAUGUUAAAAUCUUGAGGUACACGCAGCAACGUUUGUCUUCGGGUUCUGCACCUGGGUCUAAUGGGGAAACAAGUCCUCUUAGACACUCUUGGUGAAGUUGAUAGAAGUGGAAAUGUGGCCAGUUGAGAUUCUUGGUGAAAGUGUGUACCUAUCUAUCGAUGAACAUCUAUCUAAUGCUUGGGAAACAAGGAAAUUAGCUGAAAUAAUAAGAGUGCCCACAACAGAACGGGGGACGCUGAGUUUGAAGCUGAGGAACAAGACGUCAGUUAGAAUUCUAGGUUCUAAGGCGGUAAAGGACGAGGACGGUAAAUUUGAGAAAAAUAACGAAAAUUCAAUCUUCCUCUCUCAGGAACAUUAAUAAGUGGUGAGGAGAAACAUCUCGUAGCUAAUAGUCCUUCUUUGAUCAAUUAUCAAAGAUAAAACCGAUUCAAACCAGGUCUCAAAAGACCUGUUUAACCCAUUUUAUAAACUUGAAUAUAUGAUUCGACAUUUUUUAUUCCUGUAGAGAGAGCGGCAGCUCAAUAUGUGCUCAUUAACAGUCUCCAAUGCAGCAGGUAGUAAAUAGAGAUGUUUUCAAAAUCGGUGUUUUUAUUAGCACACAAUUUUUGGUAUUUUAGCCUCGUACCAUUUAAAUUAUCAAUUGAUAUCUUUAUUUAGCUACAUAUCCCUUUUAUUCAGGGGUAAAUUUCAACUGAAUCCCUUACAACUUUGCUUUCUUAGCAAUAUUGCUUCAAGUAACACGAUAUGAUAAAGGUGUAAAGCCCAUAAUUGUAUACUUGUGCUGCUCAAUAAUGAGCUAUAGCAUUUGGUAGAGUAACUUAAUAUAAAAAUUUAAAGAAAGUUUCUCAUUGAGCAUGAAAUACACAUUCAAAUUUAGAUUUUUUUUUUGGAUAUAUUUUUUAACACUACAGAAUAACUCGAACUGAUUUUGGUAAAUUUUUUAGUUAAUAAUUUCGUUUCUAAACGAUUGGUUGACAAUUGUCAGUGAAUAAGCUUGGCUUGUCAUCCAGAUAUUGGCGAGAAGGGUAAAAACAUUGUAAUAUGUCAGUAUGAAUAAUACUGAAGUUAUGAUGGUUACCAGGAAAUCUAUGCGGCUUAUUUGUGUCAUUGGAUAAAAAAAAGAAAGGGCCUUCUCUAAAACUGACUUGAGGGAAACGAGUCGCCAACUGAAUGAUGCUUGGGUUAAACUUGCGUGACAAAAAGACAAGCUCAACUGAAUCUAUGUGGGAAGAUGUUGUCAAUAUCAGCUAGUCUUUGAUCUUGCAGGAUAGUAUUUCAAACACAGUAUGAAACUACUCCCAUGUGAAAGUAAGAGGCUCGCGUAAUGUAAGCAAAUGAAAAUCUCUAUCUUUUGUGGCGAUAUAAGUCGCUCUCUUGUUCAGACUGUCGUUUGUUACACACGCCAGUCUUUGGUUUAUAGUUCACUUAGUUACUCUCUUUCCUAGUUAUAGAAAAAAAAUUAACAGGCUUCUGCAGUUGCAUGAUAAAAAAGGUAUCUUUGCUAGAGGAAUAAAAACGAUCAUGAAGUCUUUCUCACAUUCGCAUUGGUCAGAAAAAUUGACCGUAAUACGUAUGCUUUUUUAUAAGAAAGCUAAGAAAGGAAUGUAGAGGAAUGAUUUAAAGUGGCAGCUAAUUGAAUUUCAUAACUUACACGUUGUUUUAUUACAGCUGAGACGGCAGGUUCGCCUCUUAGUGGUCUGCGGUAUGCAGUGUGCGAAUCACGACCAAGCUUAACCUUGUACUUAGGCUCCUCUCUGCCAUGUAAAAGGUUAUCUGGGUAUGGGGGGGGGAAGUGAUAAAGAGCCUAGGAGCAAAGUUGUCUCGAGCCUUGAUAUCGGUCAUUUUAUUAUUUCUUAUAACUUCUGUAAUAUGGGGCUUAACUUAAGGGGGCACUUUCGUUUCCAUCAGGAAGCAUGAUACUUGAAACACCGAACAAAGGUUUGAUUUACCAGGUUUCUGUUCCCAGAAAUAGUUUUAGAUUGCGAUAAUUUGUAUCAGAUGUCACUUUCCUUUGUGCAUUACGAGACCACAUCAGAUGAAAGUGCUCCCUUAUGAUAAAUUUCUUAGAUCCGUUCAUUAUUUUGAGCAACUGUAUUUUUCAAGGCAUGUUUAUGUCACCUUAUUUAGAAUUUUUAUUCUUAUUUGAAACAUGCAAUUUCUUGUUAAUCUUAAACACUCGACCGAUUCUCGUCUCUCAUCGGUUAACACCGUCGCACACUGCUUAUGUCACUAUAAAGCAAGAAGUAAUUUCAAACAAUUUUUUUAAGUACAAAUUUUAUAUUGCAGUUUAAGUCGUGGGUUGGCAAAACACCUUGGCGUUAUAGGUGUGUUUGUAACUUAU